UUCGCACGAAAAAUAAUAGUGCGGAUAAAAAGAAAAUCGUAACGCCCGCCCAUGUAUAACGAGUGACCGACAUAACAUAUCGUUGUUUGCAAGACAAACAUUACAUUCUCGUACAUAUAAAUUUCGUUGUUGCCUCACUAUACGUGCACCGCUACCAUGUUAUCAUGUUGGUAGAUGUAAAAGUUGAUGAUAAAAGCGCUCAGCUGGCAAACUUCUUCGUAUUCUAUUGAGCAUUUGCAUCGUAAGCUCAUUCUUACUAGAUCGACAUAUGCUUUUCGUAUAAACCCGACCCCGUCACAGGUACGAGAGCUGGUGGUAUUUUAUCGCAUCAACUACAACUCGUGGUGCAGUUCUGAAAAGCGAUCCGUCCGAAUCAAAGUCAGUUCUAUGAUCCCGAUCAUAUGGCUUGUGGUUCUAGGAGCUGGAGGAGACUAUGCUUUGUAUGCGCAGGAGGAAAUCAAGCAAUAUUUCGAUGCACUGGGUUCCCACGGCGAUGGACAGUCAGAGGCGACGUCUACUCUUAAAGCUUUUGACGGCUUUAUUCAACGAUCCGUCAUCAUGGGCACGAUAAGCUUUGUUGUGUUUCUGUACAGCUUGUUACUAUCUAUGGUUAUAGGAAACAUUAGUCACCUAAGCAUGUGGAUGAGAUCUCAAGAGAUAACUGAAUUCGAAGAGAGUUCAACGACGACAUCUCUCUCGCAAUUGCGUAACCUGUUCCAUCAUCAGGAAGCCAACCUGUCCCAAUUGGAUGAGCUCUUCUCGUCGCUUGUGCUCUUCUGGUAUCUCAUGUGUACCAUUAAUGUUAUAGCCAACAUUCACCUCAUAUUCGAAGGAUCGUUUCCCGGUUUUCAUGCUUGCCGCAUCAUAUUUAACCUUUUCAUGGAAUGCUUCCCUUGGUACGCCAUCGUCUGGGGGUCCACCGGAGCUGCUGAAGGAAUCCGGACCGAGUUCUACGGUUUCGUCAAGCAGCUUGAGCAGACAGUGACAACACUGAACGGGAAAAAUCUACAGGCGCCACUUAAUAGAUCAGCCUUCUCAAUGCUUCUUUGGAUGCAGAGGACGACAUUCUGCCAACCCAAAAUAACGCUCGCCGGAUGGCUGCCGAUACGCCGUAAUAUGCUUUUGGCAUUAAUGGUUUUCUUUAUUCUCUACGUUGGUGUUGUGUCGCUGUCGAAAUCGUCGAUGUCGCAAUAGCACGAAUACUAGUUAAUGAAUUUCUCCAUAGAUGACAUGCUUUACGAAAGUUAAAACUUGACGUUAAGCAUGUAACUUCCGCCCCC